AAGGCAGGGCCCGCCCCAGCUGCCCCUGGCUCGUGUUAUCUCCGGGGCUCGCCUGCGCCCCGGAAGCUGCCCCUUCUCGGGGGUCAAGAUGGGCAGCAAAAUGGCGUCUGCCAGCAGGGUCGUGCAGCCGGCUGGUUCAGGGAUUCAAACCCUUGACCUUGGUGUUAUCAGCACCGGGAUCUACCAAGUAGUCAAGCCACAUACUCCAUUAAUAAGGUUCCCUGACAGAAGAGACAAUCCUAAACCCAAUGUAUCAGAAGCUUUGAGAUCAACAGGGGUACCAUCUCAUUCUGCAAUUUCACAGCAUUCUAAGGGAAGUAAAUCACCAGAUUUGCUGAUGCAUCAAGGUCCACCAGACACUGCAGAAAUACUAAAAUCAUUACCUCAGAAAUACAGAAGGAAACUUGUGUCUCAAGAAGAAAUUGAAUUUAUCCAACGUGGAGGUCCAGAAUAAUCCCUGUGAGCAGCAGUUUGUCAUCAAACAAAAGAAUUGACUUUACGAUAAAGGACUUCCAAAAUAACAAAUGAGAAAUUGUAUAUUAAACAACUUUAAUAAAGUAAAAAAAAAUGAAAUAUAGAAAAUUUA